AUGAACAAAGCAGACCCAACUUCCUGCUUAAUUCAAAUGCUCAAUUAUUUUGAAUUUCGAGGACAUAUUAUAAAAAUUAUCGUUUAAUUAGAACAGUGUCUCGUCUUUGAUUUGUUAAGUUGUAACUUAUAUGAAUUCAUAACUAUUAAUGAGUUUUCAGAUUUUGAUCUUGAUUUAAUAAGGAUAUUUGCUAUUCAAAUUUUAUAAGUAUUAUUAUUUAUGAAAUAAUAGAAUAUAAUAGUUUCAAUCGAUCUGGAAUCAAAAUUAUUGAUUUUGGAUCUAGCUGUUUUGCUAAUUAAAAGCUUUAUAGAUAUAUUCAAAGUAGAUUUUAUAGGGCACCUGAGAUUGAAAUGUCGAGUUUCGGUAUCAUAGUAACUAGAUAAAUCUUCAUAAUUAAGAUGUAUCGAAUAAAAAUAAUAAAGAUAAUUUGUUAAAAAAUGUUUAACUUUGUAAAGAAUCUUCAACGAUAAAGUAUGAAUUAAAUUUUGAAUUUUAGAAAAUAACAUUUAUAAUAAUUGAAGCAUUACAGACAACUUUGUACUGA